AUGAAGAAACACCUGAGUCCCGGCAGACAGCCCCCGCCCGCCCCGUGUGACGUCCCGGCCCCGUCCACCGGGGAGGUGACGGUGCAGCAACUCAACGAGCUGCUGGCGGACGGCAGCGGCUUCUACAGCCUCCCGACGCAGCACUUCAACGAGGUGUUCUCCAGGAUCUUCAUCGGGAACGCGUUCGUGGCGCAGAACGCCAUGCGACUGCAGAAACUGGGCGUGACGCACGUCCUCAACGUGGCGGAGGGAACCUCCUUCAUGCACGUCAACACCUGCGCCGAGUUCUACACCGGCACGGGCAUCACGUACCACGGCAUCAAGGCCAACGACACCGAGAAGUUCAUCCUCAGUGCCUUCUUCGAGGAGGGGGCGGAGUUUAUCGACAAGGCCCUAGCACACAAUAACGGAAAAGGCAAAGUGUACGUGCACUGCAGAGAAGGCUACAGCCGCUCCCCCACCAUGGUCGUCGCCUACCUCAUGCUCCGCCACAAGAUGGACGCCCGGCUGGCGGUGGCGACCGUGAGGAACAAGCGAGAGAUCGGCCCUAACGAGGGCUUCCUGCGCCAGCUGUCCCAGCUGAACAACAAGCUGGCGAAGGAGGGCAAGCUGAACGGAGAGGUGGGGAAACUAAAGACCAAAUGA